ACUCUUUACCUGUAAUCACAAUCUUCAACAGCGAUAUCAUAUUCACUUAGCAGAAUGGCAGCAAUUCUUGAAAACAAACUAAUUUUUGUGGCGGUUUUGGUAGUGGGGCUCUGGGCAUCUCAAGCCUGGUCGCGCUCGCUGAAGGAUGCAACCAUGACUGAGAAGCAUGAAAUGUGGAUGGCUAAAUAUGGACGUGUUUAUAAAGACAAUGCAGAGAAGGAAAGACGCUUUAAUAUAUUCAAGGAGAAUGUGGAGUUCAUUGAAUCCUUCAACAAUGCUCGGAAUAGACCUUAUAAGCUAGGCGUCAAUGAAUUUGCAGACAUAACUAAUAAAGAGUUCAGGGCCUCUAGAAAUGGAUACAAAAGGUCUUCCAUUCUUAAGACAACUGAAACAUCAUCGUUUAGGUAUGAAAAUGUCACUGCAGUGCCAAACUCCAUUGAUUGGAGGAAGAACGGAGCUGUCACCCCGGUUAAGGACCAAGGUCAAUGCGGAUGUUGCUGGGCAUUUUCUGCUGUGGCAGCCAUGGAAGGGAUUGCAAAGCUCUCAACAGGGAAGUUGAUAUCUCUUUCGGAGCAAGAACUAGUUGAUUGUGACACAAGUGGGGAAGAUCAAGGCUGUGAAGGUGGCCUUAUGGAUGAUGCAUUUGAAUUCAUCAUUAAAAAUGGAGGCCUAACUACUGAAGCAAAUUACCCCUACCAUGGAGUGGAUGGCACUUGCAACACAGGGAAGGCAUCUAACCACGCAGCCAAGAUUACUGGUUACGAAGAUGUGUCUGCCAACAACGAGGAGGCACUAUUGAAAGCAGUAGCCAACCAUCCAGUUUCUGUUGCCAUUGAUGCCAGUGGAUCUGCCUUUCAAUUCUACUCAAGUGGGGUCUUUACAGGAGAUUGUGGAACUGAACUAGACCAUGGAGUUACUGCAGUGGGGUAUGGGACAAGUGAUGAUGGUACCAAGUAUUGGUUAGUUAAGAACUCAUGGGGAACUUCCUGGGGUGAGGAUGGAUACAUAAGAAUGGAAAGAGACAUUGAUGCUAAGGAAGGCCUUUGUGGAAUAGCCAUGGAACCUUCCUACCCAACUGCAUAAAUGGCAGCAAAGUAAAGACAGGUGGACCUUAAAAUUCUAAUUCUCCAAAAAAAAAAAGAGCUAUUUGGUGUGAUACUAUUUUUAUUCUGUUAACUCUUGCACUGCAGUGCAGUGUGUAUGUAAAUAAAGGUUUACUUUGGUAAUGAAAUGGGUGGUGAUUCCCCUUUCAAUCUUAGUUGUACUUGUACUCCAUGUCCAAG